AUGAAGAAUCCAUUGGCAUCCCGCCGCUUGCUUUGGCUUGCUCUCCAGUUUCCACUUUCCAGCAUUCACACAUCUAUUUUAAACUCAACCUCCGCUCGCUCAAACAUCAAAAGGCUCCCUCCACAAGGAGGCACAGCACCUGACCUUUUACGUUCAAGGUUGAGAAGUGUAAACAAAUACUGUGCUCCAAGCAUCAAAAUGGCUUUAAGGAUUCUACUGAAAGGCAAGAGAAGAAUACCCAUCAAUGUGUAUCACUGGAAUAAAGAGAAGCUUCUUGGCCUCGCAACCCAUUCCCAGAUUAUCCGGCUGUUUAUUGCAGAAACAUCUCAUGGAUCAUCUGACUCUACUGGGGCAGAACGAUGCUUACCACGUGAAACUGUCAACUAG